CACGCGUAGUUCUCUUUAAUUCCCUGUUUCGACCAAAACCCUAAUUUUUCUCUCUCCGCGUUCCGCCCCCUUUCUUCGAUCGAUCUCUGCGUCCGGCGAUCAAUCCGGCCAUGGACGACGCUGCCGGAAAGGAAGAGGAUCGGAAUUUGGAUUUGGAUUUGGAUUCCAGUUCAGGAUGGGAGCUCGAUCGAGACGACGACGUGAAUCGUGGAUACAUCUUCGAUUACAAGGAGAGUAGCGCGCUUGGGGAUUUUGGCUGGAAUAUUCUAGAGGAAUCGAGCGGCGUCUGCGGCUGCGACGGCGGUUUCCUCGAUUUUAACGGUAUAGGUUCCGAUUUGGCCGGAAGCAUUCCUGAUGACCUCGAUUUAUCAGCUGGUCGGAGCGGCGGCGCAAGCCGGAGUAGCAUCGAGCCGAUUAUUGCGGCGUCGCCGUCGAUUCCGUCGAUGUCUUCCAGCUCGUCGGAGGAUCCGGCGGAUAGGCCGAUGAAUUCUGGCGGCGCAUCCUCCGCCAAUCGGCCGGCGGAAACAGCGAGUGAGACUAAAACAAAGAAGGGGCGAAAACGUGUUCGACAGGCCCGUGUUGCAUUUCUGACUAAGAGUGAAGUCGAUCAUCUUGAGGAUGGUUAUCGUUGGCGAAAAUAUGGCCAGAAAGCUGUAAAAAAUAGCCCGUUUCCGAGGAGUUAUUACCGUUGCACCAAUGGCAACUGCCAGGUGAAAAAGAGGGUAGAGAGAUCAUCAGAAGAUCCCUCACUUGUGAUCACUACAUACGAAGGUCAGCACUGCCAUUUCUCUGUUGGAUUCCCCAGGUCUGCGGGUCUCUUCAUCCCCCAGGACUACCCCACCUCCACCACUCACGCCGCCCUCCGCCGCCCCACACAGCUGCUCCCAUUUCCUGCAGAGAAUAAGCCACUCCCCAUUCCUCCAUUUCGACCCCAGAUAAUUAAUAUUAAUGAUCAAACCCCAAGAACUUCUUCUUCUGCAGUGUCAUCUUUAUCAGCUCAAUCUCAAUCUCAAUCUGAUCAGCUGCCUAAUGAAGAAAAGGGACUUCUUGGAGACAUUGUCACUCCCAGAAUGAGGAAUUUUAAUGGAUGAUGAUGAUUAUUAUUCAUCACCUCAUCAGGUUCAGGUAUAUAUAUAUAUAUGUUUCUGAGUUACUGUUGUAUGUGUUUUAGUAAUGAUAGUACAUCUGCUUUGCAUAUAUAUAUAUAUAUAUACAUAUAGGGGUGGAUAGGCUACUACAUUAGGGUAUGUCCGUACUUGAGAUAUCUUAUCUUAUACAUAUAUUAUAUGUACUAUUUGUACAUCAUAUUAAUUACCCUUCUGGGAAUCAACAAAGGGAUUGAUCAUUUACUAGUUUGUUUAGUUUUUAAUCCCUUUCUUUUAAUUUAAAGACUAAUCUUCUUCUGCCCCUGUUCUUAAUUGGCUCCUUAAUAUUUGUAAAUAGUAGUAUGAAUUUUCAAUUU